AUGCGAGAGGGUGGUGCUUUCAGUGGCUAUCGCCCUUAUGCCGCAGAGGCUACUUUCUUGGCAAAGCUCCUCUCAGGGCCAGAUGAAGUCAUCGUGGACGAUCCAAACAAGGCCUCAUAUUUUAUUGUGCCCUUUUUGUCAUCAACCUGGUGCUUUAUUGGAGCUCCCAAGACCUGGGUUCGAUGCGGUGACCAAGAUCCUUUGUCCCAUUUGCUUCCUCUGCUGACGUACUUCAAUCAGUCCACGAUCCACCGACACAUCUUCUUGGGGACUGACUCCGUAGGCAACCUGCCUGUGAACUUCCAGAUGCAGCCCCUGCUCCUCCACUAUGGACCAACUCCUUGUGGUCCGGGGCAAGGGCCAUUGAUCACCCCGCCGCCCCUAGCAGAUGACCUUCCAGCGCCAGGUCGCUGGGAGUUCAGCUCGAAGGACCUGCUGUUAUUCACUGCAGACGGAGUUGGGCAACGCCCAUUUCGCCGGGAAGUGCUGGAGGAGCUGCUGCGCUGGCAGCACUCGCUGCCGCAUCUCUUCGUGGUGUCCAAGCGUGACCAGCAAGGAAACUCUUCCCCAGCUUGCGCCACGUGCUGCAAUACCCCUUUGGCACCAGAGUGGAAUCACCAGAGCGCGGAUGCCAUAAUUGUUCGCCGGCAAGCGCAUUGA